AUGGCAGUAACAAGAAGCAACCACGGCAGAGAAGAAAAUUCGUCGGAUGAAACACAGGCCACGGACCAGACCGGCGAUACAUCUGGUACAGGAGAGACGUCACGCACAGGCGAUACGUCACGCACAGGCGAUACGUCACGCACAGGCGAGACGUCGGGCACGGGCGAGACGUCAGGCACGGGCACCACCACAAGAACGCGCGCUGCAACAGAAGCCAGCAUCGCCGGCACCAGCACGAAUGGGGGCCCAGCCGACACGUCGGGAAUCAGAGCAACGCCUGCAGUUAGCACCGUCGCCACACUCGUCGGGCGUGAUUCCGUCGAGUUAAUGCCACCGCCGCCAGUUCCCGCUAAGCCCGCUCGGUCACACCGAUCCAAGGCCUCCAGCAAGAGACUCCUCGCGGAGUUAGAGGCCAAGGAGAAGUUAGCCGAGUUGGAGCUGAAGCGCGUACAAGCCGAAACAGAACUAGCAAGAAUCAGACAACAGAGACUCGACCUGGCCUCGUCAAGAGAAGAGUCUGAAGAGGAAGAGGACCUUGCUCCACAACGCAUUGCCGAUUGGUUCAACCGCCGCCCAGAACAACCAACAGCGAUAGAAGAAGAGCCCGCCCAUGAGGAAGCACACGUGCCGGCCCCGCGCGCCACUAGAAAACACGCGCGGCCGGAGGCCCCUCGAGCCGCCCACGCCAUGGACGUGUCAUCGCUGACCGCCGCCCUAACAGAAGCCAUCCAAGCCGGCAAGUCCUACAGAAAAUACAUACCAGACCUGCCGACAUUCAGUGGCCUAUGCAACGAGUGGCUACAAUUUAAAGCCGCGUACAACGAGUCCGCCCCCGCCCCUUGCGGCGAAGCAAGUGAAAACGUCGCCCGUAUAAGAAAAAGCCUCAAGGGAGUAGCCUUGGAAGCCGUUAGCGCCCUCCUCAUCAGCCGGCCGCACCCCGAGGACAUCAUUAAAGCACUAGAGAGAAGAUACGGAAGGCCAGACGCAUUGCUCGUCAACGAACUGGAGAAGAUGAAGGGACUGCCGCGACUCACCGACAGCCCGCGCGACCUGUGCAUAUUCGCCAGCAAGAUCGCCAACACUGUCACGACUAUCGAGAUAUUGAAGAAGCCUCAGUACCUCUACAAUCCAGAGCUACUGCGGUCGAUGGUCGAUAAACUCACGCCUAUACUUCGAAGCAAGUGGUACGACUACGCGGCCACGAGGGAAGAUACGCCCGAGCUUAAGAAGAUUGCCGACUUUCUAAACAACGAAGCCGACAAGUGCACGCCUUACGCUUCGCCUGAAAAUACGACGGAGAAUAAAGAAGUGAGGACCACAAGAAAGAAGCGCGAGCGAACGUACGCCGCUACCGCCGACACUAAGAAGCCAAGAGAGGAGAAGCAAGCGUGCCCACUAUGCGAACACGCUACUCACCAACUGCCGUCGUGCCCACAAUUCAUCAAAAUUGACACGAACGAGCGCUGGGAAGUAGCGAAGAAACACAACAUUUGCUACCGAUGCCUCGCUAGCAAGCAUCGUCGCUUCGCGUGUCGUGCGAAGCCCUGCGGCCACCUGGGCUGCCCCAUGAGACACCAUCGCCUACUACAUCACGAGAAGACGCCGCAAUCAGUCGCCGCUGCGCAAGUCGAGCCACCACAACAACAUAAACCGGAAGAAAUAGUGGCCUCGGCAGUGAACACAGUCGCCUGCGCACAACCACGAACGAGCCGCGCCUACCUGAAGAUAGUGCCAGUAACACUGCGCGGCCCGCGAGCGACACUAGACACGUUCGCCCUAUUAGAUGAAGGCAGCACGGUGACAAUCAUCGACUCGGCACUGGCGGACGCACUCGGGCUAGACGGUCCCACUGAACCAAUGUGGGUGCAAGGCGUAGGCGGGAAAGAGAUGGAGCACAAUCAGAGCAGGAGGGUCGAGGUCUUCAUCAAGAAUAAGCACGACAGCCAAGAACAACGCAUAACGAACGCGCACACCGUCGGCAGCCUCGGCUUCACCACACAGUCGAUCGGCAUGGAAGAAAUAGACGGCUGCGCGCACCUCCGGGGUAUCAAGCACAAGUUAACCUACCGCGGUGCAACCCCACAAAUACUCAUCGGCCAGGACAACUGGGACCUGAUCGUGUCACGAGAAAUAAGAAAAGGCCGGCGCGGACAACUCGUCGCGUCGAGAACCCUACUAGGAUGGGUACUUCACGGCUGUCGCACCACAAAAGCGAAGCCAAUCGCCUACUGCUGCGCACAUCUCACUCGUGCCGGGCCGACCGAGAACAUAGAAGAAACAAUGAAGAAUUAUUUCGCCCUCGAGUCUCUAUCAAUCGAGCCGAGGCGACCCCGUAGUGAUCCCGAACAACAAGCUCUACGCAUACUAAAAGAAAAGAGCCGCCGUCUACCCAAUGGCCGGUUCGAGACGAGGCUACUGUGGCGCAACGAAACAGAGAAGAUACCUAACAAUCGCACCGACGCACUCAAGCGGCUGCACACGCUCGAGAGGAAGCUGGAUCUCUGCAAUCCAGAGAAGCCGAAGAUUAGACUGGUCCACGAUGCUGCGGCCACCUCACACGGUCGCAGCCUCAACGACAUGCUACAUACGGGCCCAGAUUUCCUACAAUCGCUACCCGGCGUCAUCAUGAAGUUUCGACAACAUAGCAUCGCAGUCUCAGCCGACCUGAAAGAAAUGUUCAUGCAGAUAAAAAUAAGAGAAGAAGACCGGGACGCCCUCCGCUUCCUAUGGAGUGGCGAUCGCCGCGAGGGAGAGCCAGAAGAGUACCGCAUGACUUCCGUCAUAUUCGGCGCGUCAUCAUCACCGUGCACCGCCCUAUACAUAAAAAAUAGGAAUGCACAAGAACACGCGACACAGUAUCCGCAAGCCGCGCGAGCGAUAGAACGAAAUCACUACAUGGACGACUAUCUACAAAGUUUCGACACAAUAGAAGAGGCAAGACAAGUAACAAGAGACGUCGACUAUGUGCACAAAAAAGCCGGGUUCCAGUUGCGAGGAUGGGCCACGAACGAAAAAGAAGCAAUAAGUAACGUCGUCGGCAGCGAAGAGCGAGAGGGAAAUACUGUCCCUAUCGGCGGGAGCGAGAUAGAAAAAACGCUCGGCCUGCUAUGGAACACAAAUGAGGACAGUAUCCGCUUUCGCCUCAAUACAAGAAGAACGCAGCCCGAAGUAAUCAAGGACCUGCGGCCUCCGACGAAGAGAGAAGCACUCAGUGUCAUCAUGUCAAUUUUCGACCCGUUCGGCCUCAUAUCACCAAUCACUACGCCGGCCAAGCGAAUCAUGCAAGACACGUGGCAACAUAGCACAGGCUGGGACGAGGCGAUACCAGAGCAGCUACACGAACGCUGGAGCGAAUGGCUACGACAACUUCGAGACCUAGGUACCCUAAAAAUACCUAGGUGCUACGACACUACGCCCGCCGCCACACACGAGCUGCAUCACGGAGUAGGAUGGAGAUGUGAAGAAGCCUACUCCGCCGCAGUGUAUUGGAGAAUGACGCGAGCCGACGGCUCAGUCAAGAUAGCCCUAGCCGCCGCAAAAAGUCGAGUCACACCCAGGAAACCGGUCUCCAUUCCUAGAUUGGAGCUACAGGCGGCCGUCCUAGGCGUACGGCUAGCAAAAACAGUCGUCGAAGAACACGAUUUCGAAAUCACUUCGAAAACUUAUUGGAGUGACUCUCGCACGGCGCUGGCAUGGAUACGCGCCGAGCCCCGCACAUUCAAGACGUUCGUGGCACACAGACUCGCCGAAAUAGAAGACUGCACUAAGAAAAACGAGUGGAGAUGGGUACCGACAGCACACAACGUGGCCGACGACGCGACCCGCGCCACCCCGGCAGAUUUCGACUCGCAACAUAGAUGGUUCACCGGCCCGCCCUUUCUCUAUGAACAAAAAGAGACUUGGCCCCACGAGAAUAAGGUCGAAGUUCCCGCGACCGGCGAAGAAAAAGAGACGUGCGCUGCGAUCGCCGUCCCUACACAAGAUAAACACGCAGCUAUACCCGAGAUCGAACGCUUCUCAAAAUGGAUGCGGCUGCUGCGAGCGACCGCGCGCGUGCUACAGUUCAUCGACCUAGUGCGCCCCCAACCCCGCGCGCCCGCCCCGCCCGCGACACAACUUAUCGCGGCGGCGAAACGCAAGCGGACACGAGCGAACGCGGAACAAGACGGCGCAUGGAACAAACGCACGCAACACACGCGCGUGCCCGCCAAGAGUGCAGCUACCCAACCCCAAGAAGAGAAGAAAUACUUAACGCUAGAAGCCAAAUGCCUAAACGCCGCCGAAAAGUUACUAAUACGCGCCUCACAAGAAGAUAGCUACGAGAAAGAGAGAAGGCGAAUAGCGAGCGGCCGUGCGCCCGACAAGGACGACCGACUGGCCAAGCUGAGUGUUUAUAUGGACGAGGACUGUAUCAUACGACUACGGGGAAGAAUAGCAGCAGCCGGCAACAUACAAGAAGAGACAGUGCAACCAGUAGUGCUAUAUGGGAAGCAUCACUACACGAAAUUGUAUGUUUCUCAUGUGCAUGAACAAUUACAUCAUGGCGGUACGGAAAUAGUGGUGAACGAGUUGCGACAGCGAGUGCACAUAGUGAAAAUAAGGCCGACAGUGAAACAAGUGAUCGCUCAGUGUCCGAGAUGUCGACUACGUCGUGCGAAGCCCGCGGCCCCGGCCACUGGUGACCUACCGGCGGCACGCCUGGCGCAUCAUGUGAGGCCCUUCACCUACACGGGUCUAGACUACUAUGGGCCGCAAGAAGUCACAGUGGGACGUCACAGAGAAAAAAGGUACGUCGCGCUGUUCACAUGUAUGACGUCGAGGGCCGUACACCUAGAAAUGGUAGCCUCACUAAGCACGGACUCGGCCAUCAACGCACUACGCCGUUUCAUUGCCCGGCGCGGGUGCCCUACAGAGCUGUGGAGUGACAACGGGACCGCCUUCAGAGGAGCCAACCGCGAGUUGACGGAAGCCAUGAGAGACGCCGCCCACGCGCGCCGCAUAAACUGGCGUUUCCUACCCCCCGCCGCACCCUUCAUGGCGGGCGUGUGGGAACGUAUGGUGCGCACGGUGAAAGAAGCUAUGAAGGCCACACUACAUGAAAAAUACCCGAGCGACGAGACUCUACAAACCCUACUGGCGGAGGCGGAGGCGACGGUCAACUCGAGGCCCAUAACCUACGUAGCGGUGAAUCCAGAAGACCCGCCGGCACUGACUCCGAACAUGAUCCUGCUCGGGCCGGACUGCUACACCCCGGCUCCCGGCACCUUCGAAGAGAGCGACAUGAACGCGCGACAACACUGGAGGCGCGCCCAGCAGCUGGCCGACACCUUCUGGCAGCGCUGGGUUCGCGAGUACACGCCGCUACUCCAACACCGGCGGGAGCCCCACGGCGCAGGAGUCACCCCGGCCGUCGGCGAUGUCGUAAUAAUAUGCGACUCCAACCUCCCCCGCAACAUAUGGCCACGCGGAAUAGUGAAGCAGACGUAUCCGGGCAAGGACGGCGUGGUACGAGUCGUGGACGUCACCACCAGCAGAGGACACGUGCUGAGGCGGCCAACGAAGAAGAUCGAUAAGUACUUAUAA